CCUGGGCCGGCGGAGGGGCGGCGGCGGCUCGGGCGGCGGCACUCGGCGCUCUGAGGCGCGGGGCGCGGCGGGCGCAGGGCUCAUGUAAUCAAAGAAGUUUCUUUGUUGUGUGUAUCUUUUCAGAACACAACAGGAAUUGAAAAUGAAUCAGAACGCUGAGCCUGUGGCAGCCGCCGAGACCCUGGCCGAGGUACCUGAACAUGUGCUUCGGGGCCUUCCAGAGGAAGUGAGGCUUUUCCCAUCUGCUGUUGACAAGACUCGGGUUGGUGUCUGGGCCACUAAGCCAAUUUUAAAAGGCAAAAAGUUUGGGCCAUUUGUUGGUGAUAAGAAAAAAAGAUCUCAGGUUAAGAAUAAUGUAUACAUGUGGGAGGUCUAUUACCCAAAUUUGGGGUGGAUGUGCAUUGAUGCCACCGAUCCAGAGAAGGGGAACUGGCUGCGCUAUGUGAAUUGGGCUUGCUCGGGAGAAGAGCAAAAUUUAUUUCCACUGGAAAUCAACAGGGCCAUUUACUAUAAAACUUUAAAGCCAAUCGCGCCGGGCGAGGAGCUCCUGGUCUGGUACAAUGGGGAAGACAACCCCGAGAUAGCAGCUGCGAUUGAGGAAGAGCGAGCCAGCGCCCGGAGCAAGCGGAGCUCCCCGAAAAGCAGGAAAGGGAAGAAGAAAUCCCAAGAAAAUAAAAACAAAGCAAACAAAACUGAAGACAUACAGCUGAAGACAAGUGAGCCAGAUUCCACCUCUGCAAAUAUGAGAGAUUCUGUGGAAGGCCCCAGAGACGAAGACGAGAAGCCUUCCGCGUCCGCCGCCGAGCAGACGGCUGCCCUUCAGGAGGUGGUGAGUCAGGAUGUGCCUCUGGAGCCCGCCCUCCCGCCCCCUGCCCAGGACCCCCAGGUGGGACCGGCUGCAGAGCUGGACGCGGCGCGUAGCGAUGCGAACGACGCGGAGGAGGAAGAGGAGGAGGAGGGGGAGGAGGGGGAGCUGGACGAGGAGGAGGCGGCGGCAGCUGGCGUGCCAGGCGGGAGCGCCGCGGGAGAGCUGGAGAUGCGGUGUGACGAGAGCCCAGAGGAUCUGUUAGAAGAGCCACGGACUGUUCCGCUGGGCGCUCUUGAAGACUCUCCGGAGGUAGCACCUGCCGUCAGAAUUCCCAAAGCUAAAGAAGAGGCCAAUGGUGACGUGUUUGAAACGUUUCUGUUCCCGUGUCAGCACUGCGAGAGGAAGUUCACGACCAAACAGGGGCUGGAGCGGCACAUGCACAUCCACAUAUCCACGGUAAACCACGCCUUCAAGUGCAAGUACUGCGGGAAGGCGUUCGGCACGCAGAUCAACAGGCGGCGGCACGAGCGGCGCCACGAGGCGGGGCUGAAGCGGAAGCCCAGCCUGACGCUCCGGCCACCGGAGGCCCCAGCCGAUGGCAGGGCGCCCGGGGACGGCGCUCCUCCGAAGGAUGACGCGCAGCCUCCCAGUCUUGCGCAAGACUCUCUGACCUUGAAUUCAGAGAAGGCUUCCCAAGACACGGUAAAUUCUUCUGUUGUAGAAGAGAACGGAGAAGUUAAGGAGCUUCAUCCGUGCCAAUACUGUAAAAAGGUUUUUGGAACUCACACCAACAUGAGGCGGCAUCAGCGCAGGGUCCACGAGCGUCACCUGAUUCCUAAAGGUGUGCGGCGAAAAGGGGGUCUCCUCGAAGAGCAGCAGCCCCCGGCAGAGCAGGCCCCGCCUGCCCAGAGUGUCUACGUACCCAGCACAGAGCCAGAGGAGGAAGGGGAGGCAGACGACGUGUACAUCAUGGAUAUUUCUAGCAAUAUCUCGGAAAAUUUAAAUUACUACAUUGAUGGUAAAAUUCAGACCAGCUGCAGCACCAGUAACUGUGAUGUUAUUGAGAUGGAAUCCAGUUCGGCAGACUUGUAUGGUAUCAACUGUCUGCUCACUCCGGUUACAGUGGAAAUAACUCAAAAUAUAAAGACCACACAGGUCCCUAUAACAGAUGAUCUUCCGAAAGAGCCUUCCAGCAGCACGAACAGUGAGUCCAAGAAACGGAGGACUGCCAGUCCUCCUGUGUUGCCCAGAAUUAAAGCCGAGACCGAGUCUGAUGCCGUAGCACCUUCGUGUUCCUUGAGCCUGCCUCUCAGCAUAUCAACCACAGAGGCCGUUCCGUUCCACAAAGAGAAAAAUGUGUAUUUGUCAUCGAAGCUCAAACAACUGCUUCAAACGCAGGAGAAACUGACUCCUCCUGCAGGGAUUUCAGCCACUGAAAUACCUAAAUUAGGUCCUGUCUGUGUGUCCACGCCUGCGUCGAUGCUCCCUGUGACCUCGAGCAGGUUUAAGAGGCGGACCAGCUCUCCCCCCAGCUCUCCACAGCACAGUCCUGCCCUUCGAGACUUUGGGAAGCCGGGCGAUGGGAAAGCCAUGUGGACUGAGGCAGUUCUGAGUUCCAAAAAGCCCAAAUUAGAAAGUCAUAGCAACUCACCAGCAUGGAGUUUGUCUGGGAGAGAUGAGAGAGAAACUGGGAGCCCUCCAGGCUUUGAUGAAUAUAAAGUAUCUAAAGAGUGGGCAGCUAGUUCUACUUUUAGCAACGUAUGCAACCAGCAGCCACUGGAUUUAUCCAGUGGUGUAAAACAGAAGGCUGAGGGUACAGGCAAGGCUCCGGUCCAGUGGGAAUCUGUGUUAGAUCUCAGUGUGCAUAGAAAGCCUAGUAGUGACUCUGAAGGCAAGGAAUUCAAAGAAAACCAUUCGGUGCAGCCAGCCUGCAGCGCUGCAAAGAAAAAGAAGCCAACCACCUGCAUGCUACAGAAGGUCCUUCUCAACGAAUACAAUGGCGUCGACUUACCUGUAGAAAAUGCUCCAGACGUGACCAGGAGCCCCAGUCCUUGUAAACCCCUAGAUCCUCAGCCGGACCCUGACCUUGGUCCCGACUCUAGCUUACCUGCCCCUCCUGGCGAGUCUCCUCCUUCGUCACCUGCCCUGCAGACAUCUUCCCUUUCUUCCGGGCAGCUGCCGCCUCUCUUGACCCCAACCAAUCCCUCUUCCCCCCAGCCCUGUCCUCCUGUGUUAACUGUUGCCACCCCACCCCCUCCGCUGCUUCCCACUGUACCUCUUGCAGCCCCCUCUUCCGGGGCAUCCCCUCAUCCGUGUCCCUCUCCACUCUCGAACGCCACCGCACAGUCCCCACUUCCAAUUCUUUCCCCAACGGUGUCUCCCUCGCCAUCUCCCAUUCCUUCCGUGGAGCCCCUCACGUCUGCUGCCUCACCGGGGCCUCCGACGCUCUCUUCGUCUUCCUCCUCAUCUGCUUCGCCUUCGUUCUCUUCUUCGUCCUCCUCCUCUUCUCCUUCGCCACCUCCUCUCUCAGCAGUAUCGUCUGUGGUUUCCUCUGGGGAUAAUCUGGAAGCCUCUCUGCCCAUGAUAUCUUUUAAACAGGAGGAAUUAGAGAAUGAAGGUCCGAAAGCGAGGGAAGAAUCCCAGUCUGCCACUGCGCGGGAUAUUGUUCAGGAGACAUUCAACAAAAAUUUUGUCUGCAACGUCUGUGAAUCACCUUUCCUUUCCAUUAAAGAUCUAACCAAACAUUUAUCCAUUCACGCUGAGGAAUGGCCCUUCAAAUGUGAAUUUUGUGUGCAGCUCUUUAAGGCUAAAACUGAUUUGUCAGAACAUCGCUUUUUGCUUCAUGGAGUUGGGAAUAUCUUUGUGUGUUCGGUUUGUAAAAAAGAAUUUGCGUUUUUGUGCAACCUGCAGCAGCACCAGCGAGACCUCCACCCCGACACGGUGUGCACACACCGUGAGUUUGAAAGCGGCACCCUGAGGCCCCAGAACUUCACAGAUCCCAGCAAGGCCCACGCAGAGCAUAUGCAGAGUUUGCCGGAAGAUCCUUUAGAAACGUCUAAAGAAGAAGAGGAGCUGAACGAUUCCUCAGAAGAGCUUUACACGACCAUAAAGAUAAUGGCUUCUGGAAUAAAGACGAAAGAUCCAGAUGUUCGAUUGGGUCUCAAUCAGCAUUACCCAAGCUUUAAACCACCUCCAUUUCAGUACCAUCACCGCAACCCCCUAGGCAUUGGUGUGACGGCCACAAAUUUCACUACACACAAUAUCCCACAGACGUUUACUACCGCCAUUCGCUGCACCAAGUGUGGGAAAGGUGUGGACAACAUGCCUGAGCUGCACAAACACAUCCUGGCAUGUGCUUCCGCUAGCGACAAGAAGAGGUAUACCCCGAAGAAAAAUCCAGUCCCGCUGAAACAGACUGUGCAGCCCAAAAACGGUGUGGUGGUUUUGGACAGCUCUGGGAAGAAUGCCUUCAGACGAAUGGGACAGCCCAAAAGACUGAACUUUAGCGUUGAGCUCAGCAAAAUGUCCUCAAAUAAGCUCAAGUUAAAUGCGUUGAAGAAAAAAAACCAGCUUGUCCAGAAAGCCAUCCUUCAGAAAAACAAGUCUGCAAAGCAGAAAGCCGACCUAAAAAAUGCUCCUGAGUCGUCCUCGCACAUCUGCCCGUACUGCAACAGAGAGUUCACGUACAUCGGGAGCCUGAACAAGCACGCCGCUUUCAGCUGUCCCAAGAAACCCCUUUCUCCUUCCAAGAGAAAAGCUUCCCAUUCAUCCAAGAAAGGAGGACACCCAUCACCUGCAAGUAGUGACAGGAACAACGGCAGCAGCCACCGCAGACGGACAGCGGAUGCAGAGAUCAAAAUGCAAAGCAUGCAGGCGCCGUUGGGCAAGACCAGAGCUCGCAGCUCGGGCCCUGCACAGGUCCCACCGCCCUCCUCGUCCUUCAGGUCCAAGCAGAAUGUUAAAUUUGCAGCUUCGGUUAAGUCCAAAAAACCAAGCUCCUCCUUAAGGAACUUAAGCCCGAUACGAAUGGCCAAAAUGACUCACAGCGACAGCAAGAAGCCCAAGGCUGCAGCCAGGAAUCAUGCAGCUCAGCUCUCGGGCAAGACGUCUCGGAGCCUGCACGUGAGGGCACAGAAAAGCAGAGCUGUCUUACAGAGCAAGUCGGCCUUGGCCAGUAAGAAGCGGACAGACAGGUUCAGUGUAAAAUCUAGAGAACGAAGUGGGGGGCCGAUCACCCGAAGCCUGCAGCUGGCAGCUGCCGCCGACCCGAGUGAGAACAGAAGGGAGGACGGCAGCGGCAAGCAGGAGCUGAAGGACUUCAGCUACAGUCUCCGCCUGGCAUCUCGAUGUCCUCCGCCAGCUGCCCCGUACAUCACCAGGCAGUGUAGGAAUGUCAAGGCCACAGCUGCAGCCCAGUUCCAGGGAUCCCUCUUCAAAGAGUAGAUGCUUCGCCUGCUCCUUGACAGCACCUGAAGUGACCUGGAAUCAGUGAAGCCAAAGGGACUGGCCUUCUGGCCUCCAGGGAGUACCGACCUAUUCCAGAUCCAUGAGCCUGCAAGAGAGAGAGAGUGCGUGUGUGUGCGCGCGCGCGCGCGUGCGCGUGCGCCUGUGGUCUUCAGAUGAGGGUCCCGAACCCCAGGGAGGCAGGAAGGCAGCUGAUUGCACGCCGUGGAUGACACCUGGGUGCAGCCCCUGGCCCAUGUUCUGCAGCUCAGCCUUCCUGUUGGGUUGGGGCCCCUCCUACUAUGCAAUUUUCCAAGAGCUCCUUGAUCCUGCUUUUUGCUUCUCCAGUUGUCUUUUGCCACGGCGGGGACUUGGGUCUGGCCCAGGGGUCAGCUCCAGCCCCGUCCGGGGAAGGCCUUCAGGAAGAGGCCAAGUUCCCCUUCCAGGCAGCCCCGCCCCUGCCUUCCCUCGCCCCCAGUGUCUCUGAGAAUCCGUGGUGUGUAGACACUUCGGAGCCUUGGUGAUCAUCCCCCUUGGCCCUUGCACUUGGAAGACUUCCUUCUUUGCCUGAGCAAUCUGAGCCGCUGGCUCUCGAGUCGUUUCCAGAUUUGUCUUUCUCAUCAGUCAGGCCCUGUGCGUCCAGGAGAAAGUCCUCAUCUCCGUUUAUAGAUCGGCUCCUCCCGUGGGAGAGGCAGGGGACAGGAUGCUGUGAGGGCGGUGCGGGGAGCUCUCCCGUGUGUGCUCUUCUUUGCCUCCCUUGGUGGGACCAUCAACACCCUUAGGGUCUGAGCUUCUCCAAUUGGCUGAAAAGGGAAACAAACAAGCAGAAAUUGGGAAAUGAAAAGUAAGCUGGAGGAUUAAAAAGCCUAGGGGGGAGAAAAAGAGAUUUCCGGAGGCCGUCUAUCGCCUGCCAGGGAACGAUGGACCUGGCUCCAUCUCUGAUGGAACAGUCCAUGUCUCGGAGAAACGGGUGAGCUGAGCUAGGAGUUUGGACCCAGUUCAGUGAGGGUCUUGGGUUUUGUGCCUUUGGGGCAGACUCUCAGACAAGGAUGUCUGAGACCACUUUGGCGCUGUGUUCUCAGCCCCAGUUUGGAUGGUGAUACGUCAAACCCAAAGCGGAAGGAGGGAACUCCUCAGAGUGGUCGUGCAAAAAAAAAAAAAAAAAGGGACUUUUUUU